GCAACUCCCAUUUUAUAAACUAAACCCAAACCCAAAUAAGACCAAAUCAAACCAACCUUUCUCUUCUAUGGAUGUUGGUGUUUUCUUUCAAAGAAAACCCAAGAAAAUGGAUUUCCAUCAAACACCUCGUUCUCACGACGUCGUUUCUCCUCAAAAAGCUUACAAGAAUAAGGACGAUGAAGGUCUUGAUCUUCAUAACCAUGGCACUCUGCAUAAAGGGAUCAAACGCUACGAUUUAAAGUCGUUUUGGGAGCUUCCAGAUCACAUGAAGGAUAAUGAGUUCAUACUGAAUUACUACCGUGUCUGUUGGCCUCUUAAGGAAGCUCUCUUUAGCAUUUUUCGUUGGCAUAAUGAAACGCUUAAUGUCUGGACGCAUCUCAUUGGUUUUUUACUGUUUUUGGGGUUGACCAUGGCGAACAUAAUGCAAGUUCCUCAGAUAGCGGAUCUUCUCUGUCUGUUUACCAGGUCAAUUCUUACAAGUGCAGAGGCAAAUUUUUCCCAUAAUUCAGAGGAAUUGUUCUUGGGGACAAGAGAACUCGUGGAUUUGAAGCUGAUAACAUCUUCAAAAACAAUAACACCGCCGGUAACGACGGUCACUCGGUGGCCAUUCUUUGUAUUCUUGGGCGGUUCUAUGUUCUGCCUCCUCUCAAGCAGCAUUUGCCACCUUUUCUCUUGCCAUUCACGUACUCUAAACAUUUUCUUACUACGUAUAGACUACGUGGGCAUUACUACAAUGAUCAUAACCUCAUUUUUUCCUCCGAUCUAUUACAUCUUCCUAUGUGACUCACACUGGCAAUACAUCUACCUCGGUGGAAUCACAGCAAUGGGGAUGUUUACCAUCUUAACGUUGCUUUCUCCGUCGCUUUCGACCGGAAAAUUUCGAGCUUUUCGAGCUCUUCUCUUCUCUUCAAUGGGGUUCUUUGGCAUGAUCCCUGCAGUACAUGGUACAAUUGUGAAUUGGACUAAUCCCAAACGCAAUACACUAUUAGCUUAUGAAUGUUCCAUGGCUUUAUUUUACUUGGUCGGAACUGGAUUUUACGUUAGCCGGAUUCCAGAGAGGUUUAAGCCUGGAUGGUUUGAUUUAGCCGGACAUAGUCAUCAGAUUUUCCAUGUUUUUGUGGUAUUGGGAGCAUUGGCUCACUAUGGUGCUACGCUUGUAUUCUUGGAGUAUCGUGACCACGUGGGAUGCUAAUGCUAAGUAAUUAAUUAAAUUAAAAUUGAUAUAUACCCAUUUAGGUAAUUUAUUUUUUUUAAUUUUUUAAAUAUAAUCAAGUUUAUAAUUGUGGUUUUAUAUAUAAGGUGGUUUUAGAGUUUUUGUUAUUUGAAAUUUUUUAUUCAUUAUUAUUUCCACUAUGGAAGGAAGGAAGGAACGAAGGAAUUGUUGUAUGGUUUGUUUCCUCUGUAACUAAGUAUAUCAAUGAAUUUAUUGGAUGUUAUAAUGUCUUGUAAUGAUAUUAUCAAAAGUCUACAAGACAUUAUUAACAAUUGUUUGUUGUAAUAAUAAGGGUUAUUAUAUUUUUAAGACAGAAUUCAAUUUUGAUAUUUAAUA